GGAGAACAUACCACUGGGUGGAUGGCAAUUUGUCUCAGGCAACUUGCUCUGUUUUACAUUUAGGAACAAGAGUCUGACAGGAGGAGGCUGCAAAGUUGAAGAUCAAGACACUGGAAGAUCUGUUAUCUGCUAAAAUCAUACAGAAAUAAAAUGAAGAUAAUGAUAAACAAAAUGAAAAGGAGAAAUGACAUGUAAUCCUGUCGAAUUGAGAGUAAACACAAGUGACCAGAAGGGACAGAUUCAAUGAGCCCAGAGAUUGAUUCACAGUGGAUUUGUGUUUAAGUAGAACACCACUCCAAAUGCAUACUUUGAAGAGUACUUUGGCUUUGAGGUUACUGACCUCCAUCAUUAUCAUGGUACCUGAUUCAAUUAGUUCAUGCUUGGAUGGAAAUCAGACGACACUCAUCCCUACAGAAGAUAACACUUGGCUGGCUGUGCAGAUGGGUACAAAGGCUGUGCUCUGUUGCUCUCAUAUUCCACCAAUAUCAGUGUUGAUACUAACAUCAUGGAAAAUACACCUCAGAGACAAGCCUUCGUGCACCAUUUCCCUCAACAGAGAAACAAAUGAGACCGGGAAAAACAACUGUACUGAUGGGAGAAUCUCCUGGGCCUCCAGACCUGACCAGAAUCCUGAACUUCAGAUCCAUCCAGUGUCCAUCUCACAUGAAGGGGAUUACACAUGUCAGAUGGGAACAACUGAUGGAAAUUUUGAACUUACAUAUCACCUCCAAGUGUUAGUGCCCCCUGAAGUGACCCUGUCUCCGGGGAAGAAUAGAACUGUGGAGUGCAAAGCAAUUGCAGGAAGGCCAGCUGCACAGAUUUUUUGGGCCCCAGAGGGGGAUUGUGUCACUGGGAAAGAAUACCAGGACAAUGGCACAGUGACGACCAGGAGUAGGUGCCAUUAUCCAGAUGGCAAUGUGUCCACCGUGACCUGCUUGGUCUCCCACCUGACUGGCAACAGGAGUCAAUCCACAGAUCUGCUUCCUGAUUCAAGUAGUUCAUGCUUGGAUGGACAGCAGAUGGCAUUACCCCCUAUGGAAGUUACCACUUCAUUGUCUGUGCAGAUGGGUACCAAGGUGGUGCUCUAUUGCCCUUGUAUUCCAUUGACAAGAGUACUGAUAACAACAUGGCGAAUACGCUUCAGAAACAAGCCUUCAUGCAAAAUUGCUCACGACAGGGAAACAAAUCAAACCAUCGAAACCAUCUGUGUUGACAGGAGAAUAACCUGGGCCUCCAGACCUGACCAGAGUCCUCACCUUCAGAUUUAUGCAACAGCCAUCACUCAUGAUGGAUAUUUUAGGUGUCAAAUGGCAACAUAUCAUGGGAAUUUCCGUCGUGGAUAUCACCUCCAAGUCUUAGGUCUCGGAACACCAGAAUCUCCAGGUUCAACUCUGCUGAUCAUUCUCUAUGCGAAACUCUCUCUUCUUGUGGUCAUUCUGGUCAUGGUGGGAUUUGCUUUCUUCCAGAGGAUAAAUGAUUGCAGAGAAUAAAAAUCAGAAGAGCUGGAAGUCAGUUGAUGAGACAUCACAAGAAAACAGCCAUUUGUAAUCAGCCUCAUGUUCAACAUCUAGCUGAAGUGCACUUUCGUACCUAAGCGUUUAUGAGAAUGGACAUAAGUUGCAGGCAGUUUCAGUCUCUUAACAUACAGUAUAUACACAUAUGCAAAAGCUUGGUGUUUGCUGUCAUAAAUGUCAAGGAUGCUUUGUCUAUUCUUCCCUUUCCUUCAGUGAAUGCUUAUUAGACAAAGUAAAACAAUCCUGCUUCCCAGCCUAAAGAAGAAGAUGGCUCAGCAAUUCAAACAGCAAUGCUGAGCAGUUUUUCUACACCCCUUGAGUCCUUUGGAUGGUGCUUUCAUCCAGCUUCUUGGUUCCUUUGUCCACUUGAGAUGCUAUCAAAGUUGCAAUGGCUAGAGCCACUAUAAACACUGCCUGCAAGUUGGCCAGUAGCGAACCUUCUGUCCUUUUUUUUUUUUCUUCCUAGCAAGUACCAGGGCAGUCACAUUGCAUAUUUGGACUGAAUCCUAAGUGAAUGGCUUAAAGUCUUUUUUAGCAAUAGUUGCAUUUUAGUAGAAGUUAUAAAUUGUUCCCAACUAAGGAACUGCCAGUGUCCUUGGAUACAAUGCUGAAGGUCCCCUGACCUUUCAGAGCUCUAAGUGUCUCAGUACUGUUUGUUGUUUAUAUUAUAAGUUACAGAUUGGAAUGGAUUAAUGAGGGUAAAGGGUGGGAUACUGGUGAAGCCCUAAUAUCUUGAAAGGCUGCUGAUUCAGAUGGUAAUCCUGUAGUAAAAAGUGUUGUUUUACCUAAAUGUAUCUCCCCGCCCCCCAUACUGUAGAUUGAACUCAGGGAUGUUUCACCACUGAGCCAUGUCCCCAACCCUUUUUAUUUUUUAUUUUGAGAUAGAGUCUCA